AUGGCGUUGUGCAGCUUCUUGCUAUACAGGCAUAUAGUCAAAAGUUACGAGAAGCUUUCAGAAAAUACAAGUCGAGUUUUAACCGAGCAGUUUACACUACGAUCAUUCACUUUCAAUGAGCUAGCACAUGGCUUCGAUGAUGAGUUAGGUAGAGGCUCGUUCGGAGCAGUUUAUAAAGGAAUUUUGCCAGGGGAUGGUAAAAGUAUUGUGGUCAAGAGAUUGCCGAAAGUUAACGAAGGAGAAACGGAUCGUAUUCGAACUGAGAUGAUUGUCAUCGGAAGAACUAACCACAGGAACUUGGUUCGAUUGCUCGACUUUCUAUUCAACAUGAAUGGACGCCCAGUUUGGAAAGAGAGAGCCAGAAUUGCAUUGGACGUGGCUAAAGGUAUUCUUUAUUUACAUGAAGAGUGUGAGGCGUGCAUCAUCCAUUGCAACCUCAAGCCCCACAACAUACUAUUGUAUGAUUCAUUGACUGCAAAGAUCUCGGAUUUCGGAUUGGCAAAGCUAUUGAGGCCUAAUCAUGCAAGAAGUACCACUGGGACCAAUGGGACAGAAUGGUACUCAGCACCCGAACGACAAAGCAGUGCAUCGGUAUCGGAAAAAGUUGAUAUAUACAGUUUUGGAGUAAUACUAUUGGAGAUCAUAUGUUGCAGAAGCAACAUAGAAGUACAAGUUUGUAGUGCAGACGAGAUACUGCUUUCAACAUGGGUAUACAAUUGCUUUGUUGGGGGAGAGUUGAACAAGCUUGUGGAAGGUGAAGAAGAGGUGGACAUGAGAAUGGUGGAAAGGUUUGUGAAGGUGGGGCUGUGGUGCAUUCAAGAUGAUCCAACUUUGCGUCCACUGAUGAAGAGUGUGACCUUGAUGCUGGAAGGAACAAUGAAUGUACCCAUCCCUCCAUCUCCAUCACUUCCCAUGUUACUACUUAGCUAA